AUUUAUUUAUGACCGAAGAACAAGAUUAUAUCACAGAUUAUGUCACAGAUUCUGAAGAUUUAGUUAUGACAGAUUAUGCCACGGAUUCUGAAUAUGAAGAAAGUGCAAAAUCUACUUACAAACGAAAUGAAAAAC